CAUUGAGGUCAUGAAGCCAUACCAGCACUGAUUCGAAAAAAAAACGCCUGUGAAAGCUUCCUGUCUCGGUUUCCAAAAUACAACUAUACUGGAAGUUACACAAAUCGACCACGAAGAAAUUAACACAGGUUUAAAGACGCGCGUGCGUUAAUCUUUCAUACGAUGAAAAGCGCUACUCUAAAACGAGAUGCGUUCCCUUAGCGAGCGUUGAAAAGCAACACGAUUAUUUAUUGUGAAAAUCUGAUUUUUGUACUUCUUGUUCUGCCUUCCCCACUCACUACAACUUGACGGCGUCGCUUCAGUUCAGACCGCCGCGUUCUUUUGCUGCUCGGAGCUGCCGCGGACGCAGCGGAGGAGUGGACUUCUACAAACGGAGUGGUUGCGAGUCGCCGUUUGCUGGUGCUCCUACAAUUUACAGUUCUGGAAGUUUUGGCCUCACUUGCCACUCGGCGGAUCUCCAGCGGGAGGACCAUAAAAGUGAGCCCAUGAUCAGGGUGGCAUCUGUGAACUUUACAGCGUCUUUGGGAGCGGAGGAGAGCAAAAAAAUGGCUUUCGUUCCUCUCAAUGAAUGAUUUCGACGGGACAGAUUCACUUGAAGCUUGACGAGUCGGACGCAAGUGUGCUUUUUAACGGGAACAACAUUUUACGCUCAAGACUAUGUUGAUGAAGGAGUACCGCAUCUGCAUGCCCCUCACCGUGGAGGAGUACCGCAUUGGCCAGCUGUACAUGAUCAGCAAGCACAGCAACGAACAGAGCGAACGUGGCGAGGGAGUGGAGGUGGUGCAGAAUGAGCCCUACGAGGACCCCGAGCACGGAUCGGGCCAGUUUACUGAGAAACGCAUCUACCUCAACAACAAGCUGCCAAGUUGGGCCAGGGCGGUGGUGCCCAAGAUUUUCUACGUGACAGAGAAGGCUUGGAACUACUACCCGUACACCAUUACCGAGUACACGUGCUCUUUCCUGCCCAAGUUCUCCAUCCAUAUAGAGAGCAAAUACGAGGACAACAAAGGAAGCAACGACAAGAUAUUUUCCUGUGAGCCCCGAGAUGAGGAAACUGAGGUGUGUUUUGUGGACAUCGCCUAUGAUGAGGUUCCGGAACGGCACUACAAGGAUUCAGAGGAUUUGCGCUAUUUCAAGUCCAAGAAGACCGAGCGUGGACUCCUGCAGGAAGGCUGGAUAGACACGCAGGAUCCCAUCAUGUGCUCCUACAAGCUGGUCAGCGUCAAAUUUGAAGUGUGGGGCCUGCAGACACGCGUGGAGCAAUUCGUACACAAGGUCAUACGAGAUGUUCUGCUCUUGGGACACAAGCAGGCCUUUGCCUGGGUGGAUGAAUGGAUUGACAUGAGCAUGGAGGAGGUGCGAGAGUACGAGCGCGCCACUCAGGAAGCCACCAACCUGAAGAUCGGCACCUUCCCGCCGACCAUCGCCAUCAGCGAGACGCCGCUGCCCUGCAGUACCCGAAGCGGGCCCAACAGUGCCCCCUCCACGCCACUCUCUACCGAGGCACCUGAGUUCCUCACCGUGCCCAAGGACCGCCCCCGCAAGAAGUCGGCCCCAGAGACCCUGACUCUGCCCGACCCGCAGGGACGGCGGGAUUCCCUUUUCAAACUUCCCAGCUUCUUCUCCUGGAACUCAGGCUCGCAGCCCGAAUGAAGAGUCGAGGAUGUCGCAUCCCGUGACGGCCCCUCGGCUGGCUGAAGGCGGUUUUCGGCAUGACGGCGGUCUCAGCUCCCACACCUGCCACAGAGCCUAGCGAGGCUUCCUGUAGGUUGCCAAGAGGGAAAUACACAAGCCCGAAGCACUGUUCAGCACUCUUGGCCCUGUUAAGUGUAGCAUACAUUCCUUACAAAUAAUUUAAAUUUCAGAAAAGAAAAAAAAAAAGCUCAAGAGACAAGCUCAGGGUCUGGGUGCUCACGUCUGUUGUGAUGGAGUCACAUGAUGCACAUCUGGUGGACACUUGUUUUGCUUCAUGAGCUGGCAUCGUGAUUGACACGUGUGUCUGUGUCACUUCACUAGUAUGACUUUGGGGGGAUGGGGCUAUAAAUACCAUGAACCCCAGUAUUUGCAAGAAAGUAGGGACCGAGCAGAACACCCCCUAAAAUGGUUACCGUCGACACCAGAUGGCGCCAAAGCAUUACUUUUGUCCAUUUGAAGCCCCUUAACUCAAUGCAACAUAGUUCCUCUGAACACAUAUACCACAAGAUAGCAUCAAACCACUACACUUUUGUCUAAAUAAAGCUCCUCAACUCACUUGAACGUAGUUCCUUGGAACCAAACACUACUUUUGUCGAAAUGAAGCUCCUCAACUCAUGUCAACUAAGUUCCUUGGCACCAUGAUACCACUAGAUGGUGGUAAAGUGCUACUUUUAUCGCAGUGAUGUGUUCCAGACCCACCUCAUAAAAUCUAUGGUGCACAUAAAAACUCCCACACACUUGAACAUAUUGAAACACUUUUUCAACACAUUGUAAAUAUAUUUGAAACCCACACCCCCUAAAAAAGUAAAACUAAUUGCUGUCCUAAAAUGCAAAGAAAGUACUGUACAUAUUGAAGUCUCUGUGUCCAUGCAUGUGGCUUUAAGAGGCGGGGCCUGCUUAGGUUAUUCAUGAAAUCAGCGAGUCUGCGUGAGUGGUGAUUGACCGCAGCUUCAUUGUGUUUUACUGUUCUCCUGACAUAAACAGCUGAAAUGUGCAUUGUAAGCGUGGCUCUCCGUUCCCAUAUGUGAGGGCUUCACAGUAAUUAUCCUGUAAAAACUUGUAUUUUAAAAAAAAAAAAAAAUCAA